AUUGUGCCCGAGUGAAAACAUGCGAAGAAUUAAAUGUCUUAUUUUUUAAAACUUUAAAGUUUUUCUACAAGCUUCGUUCAACAUACGGUGAAAAUUUAUCUGAAAUCUUAAUUCCGCCGGUUUCACUUCAUAAAAGUUUACUUACCGAUCAACACCGCGCUAAGUCCGGCCUGACCAUACACCGACCAUAUAGUACUAGCAAAUUUUUCCCAGUAAAUAUUGUGGGCAACAUCGUAUACAACUUCGACCAAUUUCUGUGGGCACAUCUCAUUGGCAACAGAAACAAGGAUUGUAAUUGCAGAUAACCCAGUAUAAAAACCUGUAAAGUCUCUGCUGAAGAAAUAUCAUCUGGUGGACAAAGCCCACAAUGCGUUGCGUUGUACCGAACUGUAAGAACAUGUCCCAGCAAUGGCUAGCCCCGUUCCCUACCGAUAUACUGUUAAAGUAUCGGUGGAAAGAAUGCAUCGAGAUCGGGUCCGGCAUACGUUUGCCGGAUAUGGAAACGGUCAACACGAAGCAGGAUGGCGUUUGUAGUAUGCAUUUUCUCGGGUUUUCACCACAGGAGGAUGAAACGUCAUACCGCCAACCAACGCUGUUUUUUAGGGACGACAUUGUGUUGGAGAUAGAAAAUUGUUGCUUAUGCUGUCGUAUGAAUGUCAAGGAGAAUAUGCUGGAGAAAAGUGACUGCUUAAGGGGUGGUCAUAGCAUAGAAAAAAUUGCUGCAACUAUUCUUGGAUCGUCAUGUUUUGAUGAGAACAAAACCACGCAGUACGUAUGCGAAGAAUGUGUUGUUAAGAUAGACAUGAUAUACGCAUUCCAACGACAAAUCGAUAGCGGCAAAAGAGAACUCAAAAAACUGCAGCGAAGAAUGGUGAGUGAGAAUGUGUGUUUUCAGGGAAACGAAAAUGUGCAAGCCGUGAAAUACUCAGUUGAGAUCAACAUUGAGAUAAUUGCAAACGAAGCGGCGAAAGUAAUUGAGAACGUAGAAGAAAUAGUCAUCAGUCAAACAAACACUAAAUCAAGAUCGACGGAAAAUAAAACUGUAACGAAGAGAAAGCAGCCUGACGACUCGUUAAUCCGUGAGAAAUUAGAAAAGUCCAAACUAAAAUGUUAUAUUUGUGGUAUUCAAUUAGAAAGCCGAUAUGCAUUGUUAAACCAUUUGAUGUUGACGCACACCGAACAGGAUGCUUUGCGGUGUAAUGAGUGUGGAAUUAGUUUCAAACGAUCGCCUGAAUAUAACGCUCAUUUGGCGAAACAUGAUGCCGAGGCGCGUCCCUUAAAAUGUAGUUACUGUCCGCUUAGAUUUGCCAAGGUUUCUGGGAAAAAAGUACACGAGUACACGUACCACAGCUCCGAAAAUGAAAAUAGUACCAACGUGAAGAAGCCUAGGGCGAGAAAUUACAUGUGUCAAAUAUGCGGUGGGACAUACCGUAGCCGAAGUGACCUUAAUCGACAUGAUAUCGUCCAGCAUAAAGGAGAGACAUUCGUGACAUGUAAGACGUGUAACAAACCGUUCGCUUCCAUGCGUAAUUUGAAACGUCACCUGUUGAUCCAUCGUGGAGAACGACCUUACGUGUGUGAGGUAUGUGGGGCUAGCUAUCGCCAAUCACAAAACCUAGUUGAUCACAUGAAUGAAAAACAUAGAGAUGAGUCGACGGAGUUGAAAUACGUUUGCAAUGAGUGCAAUGAACGUUUUGCCUCGACUCGAUUAUUACUAAGCCAUCGCAGAACACAUGAAGCCGAUUAUACUACGCUAGCUAGCCGUAAUGGAGGCGAAGGAAGCAACAAGACUGUUUGUAAUGUUUGUGGCACGUUAUUCGACAGAUCAAAGUUGAUCGUAGAUCAUUUCAAUUCCGAGCAUCCAGAGCUACAGUUGGAGCACUACCCGUGCGGUUCAUGUGACGAAGUAUUCUUCAAAAAGCAGAACCUCCUCGUUCAUUCCUAUAAACAUUCCGAUCGGUUUGCAUGUGAUCAAUGCGGGAACAGACACAAUACACAAGCCAAGUUGGAAAUACAUCGACAUAAAGUUCACGGAGUGCAAAUCGCAGAUGAAUAUUUCGAGAAUUGUCCUCAUUGUAGUAAAAAAUAUCCCAAAGGCAGUUUACUCGCGAGGCACGUGAAAACCCAUUUCGAAGGUCAAUGGAGCUGUGGAAUCUGCGAUAAAAAUUUCACCGAGAAGCAUCAUUUAACGAUUCACACGCGUAAGCACACUGGAGAGAAACCGUUGGUAUGUACUGGUUGUAACGAACGUUUCGGAGAUCCUACCGUUCUGUCGAAGCAUAAGAAACGUUGUGAGUUAUUCAAAUCGAAGCAUAAAUGAAACUGUUCCGAA